GGCGUGUCCGGAAGUUCCCGGACCUGGCAACAUGGCGGCUUCCACGUCCGGCCUCGGCGGUGGCGUCGUCCCUGGUCCCGAAGCCGGGGACUUCCUGGCCCGGUACCGCCUGGUGUCGAACAAGCUGAAGAAGCGGUUCCUGCGGAAGCCGAACGUUGCGGAAGCCGGGGAGCAGUUCGGUCAGUUGGGCCGCGAACUGCGCGCCCAGGAGUGCUUGCCUUACGCAGCCUGGUGCCAGCUGGCAGUGGCGCGGUGCCAGCAGGCGCUCUUCCACGGGCCUGGGGAGGCGCUGGCCCUCACGGAGGCCGCACGCCUCUUUCUGCGGCAGGAGUGCGACGCGCGUCAGCGCCUGGUCUGCCCCGCCGCCUAUGGCGAGCCGCUGCAGGCGGCUGCCAGCGCCUUGGGCGCCGCUGUGCGCCUGCACCUGGAGCUGGGGCAGCCGGCCGCCGCCGCCGCCCUGUGUCUGGAGCUGGCCGCCGCCUUGCGCGACUUGGGCCAGCCGGCCGCCGCCGCCGGCCACUUCCAGCGCGCCGCCCAGCUGCAGCUGCCCCUUCUGCCCCUGGCCGCUCUGCAGGCGCUGGGCGACGCCGCCUCCUGCCAGCUUCUGGCGCGCGACUACAAUGGCGCCCUGGCGCUCUUCACGCGCAUGCAGCUCCUAGCGCAGGAGCAUGGCAGCCAUCCCGUGCAGCAGCUCCCGCCUCCACCACCGCAGACCCUGCUGGCCCCGGCGCAGUCUCAGCCCCAGCCGCCGGGGCCCCAACCCGGACCUGGCGCGACCCCCUUGGUGCCCGCCGCACCGCUCCCCGCAAACCCUGGCUCUGCCUUGCCCUCUCCUGUCGCCCUGGGCGCCUUCUCGGAGGUGCUGGUGCGCUGCGAGGUGUCCCGUGUGCUGCUGCUGCUGCUCCUACAGCCACCUCCGGCCAAGCUUCUGCCCGAGCACGCCCAGACUCUGGAGAAGUACUCCUGGGAAGCUUUUGACAGCCACGGACAGGAGAGCAGCGGCCAGCUUCCUGAGGAGCUCUUUCUGCUGCUGCAGUCCUUGGUCAUGGCUACCCACGAAAAGGACAUAGAAGCCGUCAAGUCACUGCAGGUGGAGAUGUGGCCUCUGUUGACUGCUGAGCAGAACCACCUCCUUCACCUCGUUCUGCAAGAAACCAUCUUCCCCUCAGGACAGGGGGUCUAAUAAUCACUUUAACCAAAGACCUUUUUGCCUGGUAGUCGACCUCAUUCAUCCACCUUUGCAUUUAGGGGGAAAUAAAAGGCUUUGAUCCAGGUUCUGCAUCUCCUGUUACUCAUUGUAACCAUGGGAAUUUAGUUGACUGAAGUUACCUCCCAAAUGUGCUUUUCUACCAUGGAGGAGAAGAAAUAAAAUGGAAUAUUAUAGAAUCACAGUGAAGGACAUUUUAUCUCUUCCAAAAAACUGCAACAUUAAAAAUGAGAAUCCUUUUAAUCUUCUUUCUCUUUCACCCCCAUCUUUCUUUCCUAGUGAGCACUUGGAAACAUUGGGUUUGCACAACUCUGAAUAAGCUGUAUGACUUUAUGGCUCAUUUCUUAGUCUGUUUCUGUGUGUGUUGGUGAUCACUAAUUUUUUCCUGUGUUUCAUCUCACAUGUUCAUGGGAGUCAUUUUAUGGCUUAGAACCUUGUUGCUAUAGCCCCAAAUCCAUGAUAAAACUGAAUACUCCUGCCUUGAGAUUGAGAUUUGCCUUAUCUGUAGUAGACUACUUCACCAAUGUGUCAGGAGGCAAAAAGCAGGACCAGAUUCUUUGAGUCCCAGGAUUUAUUCAUUCAUUUCAAAUAUAUACUUUUCCUGGUGUGGGGACCAUGCUGGAUAACAAAUGAAUCAAUCUAUAGCAGAGGCCAUUUGUCAUAUUAUUACUGAGAAAAUACCUAAAUAAACCUUCCAGCUUCCCUUGCUCUUUAAUGACUUUAAAAUCACUAAUUUCAGAGGUCACAUGACUGGGUAAUACAUUUACUCCCCAGCUGGCUUUGCUGGAGAUGACACCUGAGUGUGCUAUAAGGAUAACGGUUACUUAAGUUACUCUUCAAGGGCCUGAAGGCUGCUUUUGCUGAAAACACUGACUCUUCAUUUGGGCCUGCAAAUGUCCCAUGCAUGACUGGAAUGAGAUGAACAUACUUAGCAUCUCUAUCUUCACUUUGUGAUUGUCUCCUUUAUUGCAUCAGUUUUUGAGUGAAAUUCUUCUCAGCACCACAUGUCUGAAACUGUAAUAUAGGGUUAACUUGACCUAGACUUACAAUUUCCUUUUAAAGCUAACAACACGAGCUGUCAGGACCAGAAACAGACCAUGAAAGAAAUGAAAACAAAUAUUCCUGGAAGAUCUCAGCUUAUUCCCAGAACAGACAUGAAUAUUCCUGUACUUUAUAAGACUUUCCCUCUCUUCAUUAUUCCUAUCAUAUAUCCAUAACCCCUCAACGCCUUGGAGUGAGAAGCUUAUUUAUGAACAAACUCUACUUCCUCCAUUCUUUGACCAUUGAAAAAAUAACUUCUUUCUCUGUGGCACUCAGCUCACACAUUGUUUUUUUUUUUUUUUUUUUUUUCCUUGUGAGACUAACUUCCAAACCUGGGUUCAGUAACAAUAUGGUUGUUACUCAGAUUAUUGCAAUGAAAAUGUGUACAGCUCA